CGUUCCUUGAUCACCUAAAUAUCUGAUCAGUCUCUAAAUUCCACUCAGGGAUGAAAUGCUGAAAGGAGGUGUUUCAAUGUUUGCUUAACUCCAUGUUCUUACGUUCCACAAACACUGAACCUGCAGUGCAAACCAGGCUAUCUGAAAACAGAUGGUAGACUGUUAUAUAAGUAUUUGGAUUUGUUGGACAGGAUGAAAUCAUGUUUGAUUUCGACACCUAAGUGACAGCUUUUACCUCUGGACAGUUCCACAUUUAAACAAAGAUGGACUGCAAAUGUAUCUAGUGCGUUGAGUCGAGUUCUGACUAAUGGAUUGAGAGUAACGAAUGUGCCUGUGCGUCUGUGAGGAGGGUGCCACCUGAGCAGACAGUCACCCAGCUCAACUAUAUAAAGGCUGGCCAGACCAAGAAGGGGCCAAGAAGCAGCUCCAGGGAGCCAAAGAAAGAAAAAACCAGCAGAGAUCUACCUACGCACAGCAGGCAGCCAGGCACAGACUCCCCCUUUCUCACCGACGCUCAACAGAGGGAACACAGGAGGUCAAAAGAUGAAAGGCACCCACUCUUUCGCUGGACUUCUGCUCUUGAUCAUUGCUCAGAGCAGCUUGCAAAUCCCGCAGGAGGACACAGAGGACAACUCCAGCCUAUUGACAGAGGACUCUAUGUUCAGCGAGCCAAGGGAGCUUUCGAACACGAAGAGACAUUCAGAGGGAACAUUCUCUAACGACUACAGUAAAUAUCUCCAGUCGAGACGAGUGCAAGACUUUGUCCAGUGGCUAAUGAACUCGAAGAGAAGUGGGGGUCCCAUCAAACGACAUGCAGAGGGUACCUACACCAGCGACAUGAGCUCCUACCUGCAGGACCAAGCAGCCAAGGAGUUUGUGUCCUGGCUGAAGAAUGGCCGAGGCAGACGAGAAUAGGGCUCCUCUACUCAGCCACAGAGUCCCAGUGUCUUAUUAAUCAGUCCCAGUGUCUUAUUAAUCAGUCACAGAGUCCAAGUGUCUUAUUAAUCAGUCACAGAGUCCCAGUGUCUUAUUGAUCAGUCACAGAGUCCCAGUGUCUUAUUAAUCAGUCACAGAGUCCCAGUGUCUUAUUAAUCAGUCACAGAGUCCCAGUGUCUUAUUAAUCAGUCACAGAGUCCCAGUGUCUUAUUAAUCAGCCACAGAGUCCCAGUGUCUUAUUAAUCAGUCACAGAGUCCCAGUGUCUUACUAAUCAGUCACAGAGUCCCAGUGUCUUAUGUCUUAUGAGCCCCCAGUCAAGAGAGAAUGCAACUCAUCCAGAAUGACCCCCCUGUUCAAUUUCCUGUUUAAUAACCUGUUUCCUCCUUCUUCUGGCCAUGCUAAUAAAUCCU